AUGGGGUUAUUUUGUGUAGAUAUAAGGACUAGUACAGAGCUGUGUCAAGGAGCGCAGUCAACACUGAAGCACAAACGCACUAACAGCCAGGAAACCUUUUUGCAAUGGAAAUUUCGCGAAACGUUGCUCUAUUCUGAUUGCACACCCCUCAACGGCUCGUUCGAUACGAUAUGCAAGAGGGACGACGACGACGGCGAGGACGACGAACGACCAUACGACGAACGCCGUCAACAAAUUUAUCGAGCGAGAUGUUUUCUUGCCUGCUGCGUGUGUGUGUGCGUGUGCGUCCGAGUGUUUGAGUGUGAGUUGCACGCUCUACGGCCUAGACUUCAUAUUCCUGCAAUUGUCCCAGUAAUGCCACUAUUUCUACUACCAUCCACAGCUUUAUUCCCAAGACUAUAUGAUGAAUUAUUUGAUGAUGAUGAGCCGGUGCUAAGUAUUGUGCAAAGCGAACAUCAUGGACCACCUGCAAAAAAGAGUCGGAAAGAACAGAGUUCCUCGCAUGCAGUUCGAAAAGGUACCAAAAGACAUGUGGAUGAGGUGAGGGAUAAAUCUGCCUCUCCUCCUCCUCUCUUUCUCCUUCCAUUUCAUAUAGGAGGUUUUACUUUUUAA